AUGCAGGAAAAUAAACAAGGUUUGGGAGGUGGACCGACACUAAAAUGGAAGGAGCGUGACUGGAGGCCAGCGACUGAAGGAAGCAAAGGUUCAAGGUGUGACAAGGCUGAGAGUGGAUCGCAUAGGGACCGUCGAAUCGCCAGGUCAGUUGCCCGGCGACCCUCAACGAAAGGUAUUGAUGGGACGAAAAACGGCGCGUCGACGCUGAGGAUUCUGUCCCACGGCAGGCCGCCUACAAUUACCCCACCGUAUUUUUCAGGCCGGAUGGGAAACUUCUCAGAUUUCAACUGCAUAUGUUUCUAUCUAUACCCCUCUUUCUUCUUUUUGUUUGACAACCUCAUCUUGGAGGCACGGGUUCAGCAAAACAUCAGGACCGCCAAGAACUCCAAAAUGGAACCAGAUCUGUCCAUGUCAACCGGCUUCCCCACCCCGGGAAGCUCUUCCCAGGAAGAGAGUUUUGACAAUAAGGUUACCUCUAAUGACGACAUGAUGGACUUCAUGAUUGGAGAUGAGUUCGACCAUUUCCUCGGAGACCUCGAGCUUCACAACGCGGGCUGUAACCAUCCCGUUCAGAACCAAGGACAACCGGCAUUUGAGCAGCUCCAGAACCAACAGAUUCUUCAACAGCUUGUCGACCCAACCGCAUUUCCGCAGCUCAUGGAGCAACGGGAAUUAAAUCAAGUCGCUCCUGACCAGGGUCAAGGCUCCCAUCAGUUUGCCGCUGUUGACUAUGCCCAUGCGGGCAAGACCAUCAGUGAAAUGAUGGCAGAGGAGGACAACAAUACUUACCAGGGAUACAUUAUAUCCCAUGAGCAAGCCGAACGCUUAGAAGCUGACUACAUUCAGCUGGCGUCCACCCAGGUCGCCGCGACCAUUCCAGCCGCGUCCUUGGCGGACCUGCCGGGUCCAGAUGAGGAACGCCAGUGGCGCAAGGCGAUUUUCGAAGCGAUCCGGGAUUUUCGAAACGUCGUCAACAAGCCGCGUAGGAAGGACACCAAGGACAAGAACGGCAAUAUUAUUAAGACCGAGUGGAUUGAGAAUACUCACGUUCGCCGCGUCCGUGAGAUGAAGGGCGCCGCGACUGAGCUCAUGGGAGACAAGAUCCUUACACUGGCAAUCAACGCCCACAAAGGCAUCAGCGGGAUCCCUCCCUGGGUCGAUAAAAAGGCCUGGAAGUUAGAGAGCUUUCCCUCUUUCGACGAGAGGAUGAAGUCCGUUCUUGAAGGUUUGCGCACAAACAAGAGCAUCGCGCACUCCUUCAUCCAGGUGGAUCCCACCAAGAGAUUCGUUGCCGGUCCUAAGGCCGAAGUCCGUGUAAUGAACCAGGGAAAGCAGGGAAAUAUAGACGGGAACGAGAAGAGGGGUAACCUCAUAAGUGAGGGUCGGGAGGCGAGGAAAAGCGAGGGGGGUCGACCGGCCAGGAGGUUUGUUGCCGCUCCCAUGCGGGAGGUCCGUGUCAAGCAGGAUAACAUGGAUGGCAACGAAAAGAAGGGAGGUCUGAUCGACGAGGGAUGGCAGGCAAGGCAGAAGGAGCCUCAGGCGAUGGCUAUCAUGAUUCUCAACCUCGUUGUCCGUCAAUCGGUCGUUGAGGAGGUUAUCGCUGAAUAUGGAGUGCGACUCAUGAAACCGGCGAAGCAAGGACAAGAAGAGAAGAAAGUUAGCCAACGUGACAAGAAGCUCGAGCAGCGUGAGCGAGUCCAUGAUAUCUGA